AUGCAUGCCCAUGGACUUAGUUUCAGGCGAAAUGUUUUUUCAUACACCACCCGUCUCUUUAGCAGCAGCAGCAGCAGCAGCAGCAGUACCACUAGCAGCAGCAGCAGCAGCAGCAGCAGCAGCAGCAUCAGCAGCAGCAGCAGCAGCGGCAAACAUCCGCCUGGGCGCGUCAGGAGCUUGACGCUGACCCGCAGGCAGGACUCGUCUGCUGUUGCUGCUGCUGCUGCUCCCGCUGCUGCUGCUGCUGCUCCCGCUGCUGCUGCUGCUGCUCUGCUGCAGCCGCGGCAGCUGCUGCGAGCCCUUCAGUUGCUGCCGCCGCAUCAAAUUGGGGUGUCUCUACAACAGCUGGCGCGGCAGCAGCGGCGGCUGCCGCAGCAAUUUUGGUCUGCUGCUGCAGAGGCGCUCCUGCAGCAGCAGCAGCAGCAGCAGCAUGCUGCUGCUGCUGCUGCUGUUGCCUCUGGAAAGAAGCGAGGCAGCCAAUUCGGAGAGCUAAGCCAUUUGCAGCAACAGCAGCAGCAGCAGCUGCUGCUGCAAAGCUCAGAAUGCUACGGCAACAAGAGCGACAGAAGCAACAACAGCAGCAGCAGCGGCAGCAGCAACAGCAGCAGCAGUUGUCUCCUGCCUCAGCUGCAGCCUGAGCACUGCAGCACCAUCGCUAACGCUUUUGCUGCUGCUGCUGUUCCCCACCGCCGACUCUUCGCUGCUAUCAAUGACAGGUUUGCUGCAGCAGCAACGGCAGCAGCCGCUGCUGCUGCUGCUGCUGCUGCUGACGCAGCAGGUCAUCCCCCCUCUGCUGCUGCCACUUGGCCUAAAGACUCCAGCCGCCGGGACAGGACAGCAGCAGCAGCAGCAGCAGUAAAAUCAAGAGCAGCCGCAGCAGCAAUGGGGCAAACAGCAACAGGAGCAAGACCACCGGCAGCAGCAGCAGCUGCUGCUGCUGCUGCUGCAGCAGGGCUGCAGCCGCGGCACGUGUCUGUUUACUUAAAUGCGCUGGGGAAUCUCCGCAUGCGCGAAACGGCCCUAACUUUUAUAAGAAUUCUUCAAAACAGCAGCAGCAGCAGCAGCAGCAGCAGCAGCAGCAGUUGUCUGUGGCCUGCUGUAAUUGCUGCCAGCAGCGGCUGUGACUUGUCUAUGAUAUUCUCCUCCCUUUCGAAACUGCAGAUACACUCCGAGCUGCUGCUGCAGCAUUUACUGUACCGCUUGCAGCAGCUGCUGCAGCAGCAGCUGCUAAUCCAGCACCAGCAGCAGCAGCAGCAGCAGCAGCAGCAGCAGGGGCACGUGCAGCAGCAGCACAGGCAGCAGAAGCAGGCUGCGCUCGACGGCCGCAGCGCAGCUAACAUAUGGGCCUCCCUGGCGCAGCUCCAAAGCUCCAUGCAGCAGCAGCAACAGCCGCAACAGCAGCAGCAGCAGCAGCAGCAGCAACUUUUGCUGCUGCUGCUGCUGCAGCUAGCUGCAGUGCUGCGCAAGGGUAUUCUGUCGAGACAGCUGACGGCCAUGGAAGUGGCCCUCGUAGCCAACGCCGCCACAAAGUUAAACUGCAAGCAGCAGCAGCAGCAGCAGCAGCUGCUGCUGCUGCUGCUGCAGCAGCUGCUGCAGCAAGUGCAUUUGCUGCUGGAUGCAGUGGAGUGGCACGUGAAGGAGUUGGGGUGUACGUACACCUCGCAGGGGCUGACUCUUGUGCUGCAUGCAUUUGCAAAGCUGCAGCAGCCGGCGCCUUUGCUGUUUGCUGCUGCUGCUCCGCUGCUGCUGCUGCUGCUCCCCCGCUUCAAGCCGCCCUGCUUUGCUGCUGCUGCUCUCGCGUACACCAGCAGCAGCUGCUGCCUCCCGCUGCAGCAGGUGCAGCAGCUGCUGCUGCGCUUCUGCGGCGAAAUCGAGGCCCGCGCAGCAGCAGCAGCAACAGCAGCAGCAGCAGCAUCAGCAACAGCUGCAGCAGCAGCAGCAGAGCCGUUACCUGGUUUUGCUGCGCAGCAAAUCUGCGGCUUUCUUGGAGCUGCAGCAAGUGCAGGCUGCUGCAGCCCUGGGGCUUUCAAGGUUUUGUGUGAGCAGCUGCUGCUGCUGCAGCAGCAGCAACUGCUGCAGCCACGGGACGCAGCCGAAGCAGCAGCAGCAAUGGCGACGCUGCAGCAAAUGCAUGUCCCGCUCCUCAGAGCCCUUGUUGCCUCUGCUGCUGCCGCUGUUGCUGCUGCUGUUGCUGCUGCUCCUGGAGCAGCAGCAGCAGCAACAACAAAAGCAUUCUCCCCGCAAGAUAUGACCAAGCUCCUCUGUGCGGUUGCUACCUUUGCAUGCAACAGCAGCAACAGCAGCAGCAGCAGCAGCCUAGCUGCUGCAGCACCAACUGAAAGCAACAAAGUCUGGCAGCAAGAGGGUGUUCGGCUGGCGCACGCUAUAUUAGCAGCAGCAACACCAGCAGCAGCAGCAGCUCCUGCUGCUGUUGGCACUCCUUCAGACCCACGAAACGCAGCCGCAGCAGCAGCAGCAUCAGCAGCAGCAGCAACAGCAGCAGCAGCAGCAGCAAAGUGGGACGCAGAGUCUGCGUGUCGGUUUCUCCAGGGCAGCUUGAAGCUGCAGCUUACUGCGCCCGAUGUGACUGACUGGGCCUGGAGGGUUUCGUUCCACAGCAGCAAACCGCCGUCUCUUUCAGCAGCAGCUGCUGCUUUAAGUGCAGCAGCAAAGUCUCUGCAGCCUUUAAAAGACGGUUAUAUACUGGGGAUUUGCCGGGCCAUCGCAGCGGGCGUGGACGCGGAGGUAGCAGCAGCAGCAGCAGCAGCAGCGAAAAGUGCAGCAGCAGCAGCAGCGGCAGCAGCAAGGACAGCAGCAGCACUGGAGCAUGCGGUUUACCAGUCAGUCACAUCGGGCGCAGUAAGCUGCAGCUUCAAGCUGCCCUGGAGAAACCGACACGCAGACUCUGCGUCCCACUUUGCUGCUGCUGCUGCUGCUGUUGCUGCUGCUGCUGAUGCUGCUGCUGCUGCGGCUGCGGCUGCAGCAGCAGCAGCAACUGCUGCCAGCAACGUCUUCCAGGACUUGGUGGAGGAAGUGGAGGAGGUGAUGCAGCGGACCACUGGAUCCGCCGCAGCAGCAGAGACCAACAACGACAUGUGGUGA